AUGAGGAAGAGGGUUUUACAGAAACUACACACAGCUUUUGGUGGUUCUGAUGAAGAAAGGGUAUGGUGGACCCGGGGUGCAGAGAUGUGGAAAGAUUUGCAGAAUAACUCUUCUGUUUUAAGAGUUGAUGAUUUUAGAGGUUUAAGAAUAAAGAAGGAACACUAG